UCUCUCUCUCUCUCUUCGGCGUUUAUCCCUCUCCGUUGCUCCUCUCCCCUCCCUCUCUUACCGCCGCUCCACCAGCUGUGCCUCCAUCGCUCCCCCUCGCAAUUGCGGGCAACUGGAGCACCGAUUCGCCUAAAUUUGCCCUAUUUUCUCUUUGUAGAAUCUCUUUAUAUUCGUAUAUCUGUCUAGCCAUCAACGAUGAGACUGACGACGUGCCGGAGAUUACGACGACGAUGAAUCAAGAGUAGGCGAGUCGAAGGAGCGAGGUGACAAUGACGGCGACGAUGGUGGGUAAGGUUAAUGGCAGCAGCGGUAACGGGAAGGCGCCGAUGAUGGAUUUAGGAGAGGGAAAGUCGUUGGAUAUCGAUAAGGAUCUGCACAGCCGCCAGCUCGCUGUGUAUGGCCGCGAGACCACGAGGCGGCUUUCCGCCUCUAAUGUUCUUAUCUCAGGGAUUAAUUGGCUCGGUGCUGAAAUUGAUUUUGAUACAAUGGGGCAUGUGCAUCUUGCAGCAAAGAACCUUGUUCUUGCUGGUAUCAAGUCUGUGACCUUGCAUGACGAGGGAAUUGUGGAGUUGUGGGACUUAUCCAGCAAUUUUAUCUUUUCUAAGGAUGAUGUGGGGAAGAAUCGAGCCCUUGCUUCUGUCCAAAAACUGCAAGAACUGAACAAUUCCGUGGUUAUUUCAACUUUCACAACUGAAUUGACUAAGGA